AUGGCAAAUGAUCCUCUCACUAACCACGGAGGUCUUCUAGACCAAGCUGAAACGAACGGCAUUACCACCACACCUGCUGUAACGGCUGUCACCGCUGUAACAAGUAACGGAACUAGCUCCACUCCAUCCACAGCUAUUACAGCCGUCGCUCCUACAACAAAUACAAAUUCGCUUUUUGAAAAGUCUUUCAUUCCACUCAAUGAUCAAGCGGGUUCACCAGAGAAUAAAAGCACUGAAGGUGAAACUAAAGAAGAAACUGGUGAAGAAGAGACUGAAGAUAUUUCUAGCUCUCAACUUACCAUCAGGGCUCUUGUUUCUACAAAAGAAGCUGGUGUUAUCAUUGGAAAAGCUGGUAAAAAUGUUGCCGAGCUUAGAGAAACAACUGGUGUCAAGGCUGGUGUGUCUAAAGUUGUACAAGGUGUUCAUGAUAGGGUAUUAUCUGUAGCAGGUACUUUGGAUGGAGUUGCAAAGGUUGUCAUUACAUUAGCCUCUUUUUUUUCAGAAUCUCAUGAGGACUUUAUUGUUCCCACUUCUACUCCAAUCACUCCUCCUCCAAAUGCUUUUACCUCAGUCCGCCUGCUCAUCUCUCAUAAUCUCAUGGGUACAAUAAUUGGUCGUCAAGGAUUAAAGAUCAAACAUAUCCAGGACGUUUCUGGCGCUAGAAUGGUUGCCUCAAAGGAAAUGCUUCCUCAGAGUACUGAGAGAGUGGUUGAAGUUCAAGGGACCGUUGACGCUAUUCGUGUCGCGGUUUGGGAAAUUGGUAAAUGUCUAAUUGAGGAUAAUGAACGAGGUAUUGGAACUGUACUUUAUAAUCCGGCUAUUAGGGUCACUUCAAGCUAUUUGUCUUCUCGUCGCGAAUAUACUGUUCGAACUGGAAGUGGAACUGAUUUUACUCGUCCCUCUCGUAACGGUAACAACAACGAAUAUCAUAAUCGUCGUCCACCCCAUAAUAAUAAUUAUGAUAGUUCCAGCAUUCGAACCCAAAAUAUCUCUAUCCCUGCUGAUAUGGUUGGCUGUAUUAUUGGUAAAGGAGGUUCAAAGAUUUCGGAAAUUCGUAGACUCUCUGGUUCUCGUAUCAGUAUUGCCAAGACACCUCAUGAUGAAACUGGCGAACGGAUGUUUACUAUCCAAGGUACUCCCGAAGCAAACGAGAAAGCUCUUUACUUAUUGUACAACCAACUAGAAAGCGAAAAGGAACGUCGUUUGAAUGUAACUGCGAAUGGUGAUUCCGAUUCUUAG